AUCCGCUUCAUCCUGAUCCAGAACCGCGCGGGGAAGACGCGCCUGGCCAAGUGGUACAUGCAGUUCGACGACGACGAGAAGCAGAAGCUGAUCGAGGAGGUGCACGCCGUGGUCACCGUGCGCGACGCCAAGCACACCAACUUCGUCGAG